CCAAGAAGAGAAAAGCUGGGCAGGGAAAAGGGAAACAAGAAAAUGAAAUGGAUAAAUAGCCACAAUAAAUCCCCAAUUUUUAAAUGGGCAAGGCAACAAAGGGGAGAGUGCAGAGAAGUCGAAGAUCUCGUGCGGAGGAGGAAAGAGAGCGAGAGAGAGAGGAAGACCAGAGAGAGGGAACGAGAGAAAGAGAGAAGGUGGAUGGUGGUGGUGGUGGUGUAGAAAAGAGAGGAGAUCCUUUGAGGUCAGUCAGUCAGUGAAUCAGUCAGUCAGUCAUUUUAGUUUAGUAGGAUGGAGGUACGGUAAGUAGGUACAGUACACCUUGAUGGACUCGGGUUGGGUGGUGGAAAGUGGGUUGGGUGGCCGUGAUGGCCGUGAUGGUAAUACACCUAAAAUCAUUCAGGAAUUGGUG